CCGCAGGGCGCAUGCGCGCUCCACUCCCGCAGCGGGGCCAAGCGGCCGCGCGGUGGUGCCGCGGGUGCGCAUGCGCGGGGCGGGCGAGCGGAAGCGGGUUCGGCGCCGCCGGCGGGGGCUCCGCGCCCUGACACAGAAGGAAAUAGCAGAAUGGUAAUAUUUUAGAGAACUAGUUGUGGAAGACAAAUGUGAUGGAGUUGUUCAGCAGCUAAGGACCAUGGGGAAAAGUCUCACUUUGUGAUCGCUUUGUCCUCUUCUGGAAAAUACCUGUUCUUUUUGAUCUGGGCGGAAAAAAAGCAAGAGAAGGCAGCAAUGCCUGUUCGGUUGCUGAAGACUGUUAGCGGAAAAUCUGAGACUCCACUACCAAGCCAUUUGCAGAAGGAGGAUUUGAAACAUCUGCAAGAAGGCUUUGAUCAUACCAACAAAUACUUUAAGGGAGUAGUUGUUCUUUCCUACCCAUUAAUGAAACUGGGAGAUGGGACAGACUUUUUCAAGGUUGUUCUUCAAGAUUUGGAUAACUGGAUCUCACGGAACAAUAGCAUCAAUAUUUUGCUCUAUGGAAAAAUGGCAGAGGAUUGUGCAAAAGUUACACGCCAUGGGGAUACCUUUGCAGUUGCAGGAUUUAAGGUGGCAAAAUCACCUACAGCGAGAGAGGAUGGUAGACAUGGUUGCCACCUGGAGGUGUCUGAAGAAGCUGGAUCCACCAUCUAUAUUUAUACAGUAUCAAGUACUGUUUCAGAAACUGCAUCUGUGUCUGUUGCACCAAAAUAUGUGUAUACUCCUCUGAAUCGUCUUAAAGAUGGAACUGUAGUGAAUUUAUAUGGUGUUGUGAAGUUCUUCAAGCCUCCAUAUGUAAGCAAAGGAACUGAUUAUUGCUCCGUUGUAACACUUGUGGAUCCAUCAAAUGUGAAGUUAACAUGCACUCUUUUUAAUGGAAAUCUAGAUUUCCUACCAAAAAUUUACAAAGUUGGAGAUAUUGUUCGAUUUCAUAGGAUAAAGAUCAGGGAAUACAAUGGACAGAUGCAGGGAAUAACCAGUGCAGGAUUUGCAUCUUUGACAUUUGACGGAACUGUAGGAGCACCAGUAGUUCCUCGAACCUCUAGCAAAGUCUACACUUUCAUGGAUGAAGAACAGAAAAUUAUAGAGGAAUUACGAGUUUGGGCAGAUAGUAAUCUUUGCAUCUUUGGGCCAGCAGCAAAAUUGGCUGGUGUUCAGCCAAUGAUAUUCUUUGAUCUCACUUGCCAGCUGGUAGGAAAAGCAAAAGUGGAUGGAUCUUCAUUUCUUCUAAAGGUGUGGGAUGGCACAAAAUGUCCCUACCCAACAUGGAAGGUUCCUGUGGAAGCAAGAGACCUGGAAGGAGAAAAAACUCUUCUUCAUCAGCUGCGAAAUCUAACAGUGGACAUUCUAGUCUAUGAUAACCAUGUACAGCUGGCAAAAUCACUUAAGAUUGGAAGUUUUCUGAGGAUUUACAGUAUUCAUACAAAACAAGCAAGUUCUGACAAGGAUGAUGUCUCAUGUAUAGAAUUUCAUCUUCAUGGUGGCACCUGUUAUGGUCGAGGAAUAGGAGUCUUACCAGAAACUAACCCAGAUGUUAAGGAACUGAAAGUAUUCUUAGGAUCUGUGGAUCUGGCAGACAGUCAGAAUAUGGAAAGCAUGUCUUCACUGGAAUUAGACAGCACAGAUCUUGAAUCACACUUACAGAGAUGUCAGGAGUUAUCUGUUACAGUAUUAACAGAUCAUCAGGAUUUGAAAGACACAGAACUUAAAACCAUUCUGAACAGCAGGGCUCCUCAACAGUAUCGCAUUAGAGCAAAACUGAGAACCUAUGAACCCCAGAAGCUCUAUCAGUGUAUUAAACUUCAUUGUUCUAAAUGCAACUCUUUGUGGGAAGUUCCAGGAGGAGAUGACUUUGACUUAAUUUUACAAGGCUCUGCAGUUACUGCCCCAAACCUGGAAUUACACAAUACAUCCUGGUAUGAUUCUGUAAUGUGGACUACAGAGGACCAGAAACAAAGGAAAAUAACUAUCCAUUUUGUAAAGCAUGAUGAAAUGGUUCAACAGCCUGAAGAUACUUUGAUUAUGAUAGAAGGUGGAACACUAAAGGAAAUCUGGAAGCUUACGAAAAGAUUUAAAUGUGUUAUUCCCGUAAGAUCCACAGAAGAUGAUCUUGAAUUAUUAGAUCUUUCAGCUCCUUUUCUUUUACAAGGGAACAUAAAAUACUACGGGUGCAUGCGGUGUUCAACUCCAAAGCCUAUUGAGUGUCUCAGUUCCAUUGCAGCAGAACAACAACCAUCAUGGGAACCAACUGAAAUAGCAAGAGUUUUAGGUAUUGAGCCACUCCAGUAUGUUUUCGUUAUGAAAUUUACACUGGUUGAUGGAACAGGAACACUAAAUGCAUACCUUUUUGAUUAUGAAAAGUUUUUCCAAAUUCCAGCCUCUGAAAUCUUAACUAAUAAUUUUCUUCAGCAAAAGAUGCAGAUGACCAUGAACACGCUCUGUCCUCCGGGGAGAAAAUUAGAUGACUUGCCAUGGCUGGAAUGCUUCAUCAAGUCCUAUAAUGUCAGAGAUGUGAUGAAACAGCAAGUUUAUUACCAAAUUUUUGACACUACAGUUGCUGAAGAUGUUGUAUAGUGGUGUGUUGCUAAUAGGAAGUAAUCCAGUAAGAAUAUAGUAUUAAGGGGCUAUGGGAUCAGAGUCUGUAUGAAAAAAAAUCUUUGUUCCUUUCUUAGGAAUUCAGCCCAUAUGUGUGAAGUUUUAUUUUAUAUACUAAUAUGAAAGAGAAUUAUGCUUUGAUGCACGUACUACUUUCCUGGCAUACGGCAUCGUGAUCUGAGUGCAAGUGGAGGUUUUCACUGAAUGCUACUUGGCUCAGAUUGGUGGAAGCAAUCUAGUGUCUAUCUGUCCCUCAAAAAGACAGUGAUGAGGUUACUCUGAACUGAUGAGUUUUACUUAGACAUACAGUCAGAAUGAUGCUUUGCUCAUUUCUGUAUUAAGUAAACUGUCAGCAACGAAUGAGGAAAGGAGCUCUUCAGUAAACUUUCUCUCAGACUUCUUUGUGCAAGCAUACGUUGCUGUUCUCAGUAAGCAAUUUUGGCAGAGAGGUGGUCCAUUUUUAAAAAUUUCUUUCAUUUUGCACUGAAUGUACACGUAGACAGAACUCUUCCUGUUAAUCAUGCUGAGGGAACUGCUGUGUAUACCAGUUCCUGUAGAUUUGAUGGGCUUAUGAAUGUGAAUAUGUAAUAUCAUUAAAAUUAAAGUCAAGGCAUGAAAGUAUGGUAGUGUAAAAUUGUGAAAUGAAUAUUGACAUUUGCUAGAUUGCAGUGAAUUUAAGGUGGCUCUAUAGGAUAUCAAAGUUGUUAGCAUGCUUAUUAGCUGGGUCUUUGUUUCCAAAGGCUAAAUUUACUGUCAGAUUACACUGCCCAGAUCUGUCUUUUCUAUCUUACAUAAUCCGCUUGUAUGACUAAAUUCAGAGAUAAAGAACUGAUCUAGUGUUAUCAUGGCUUGAAAAUACUUGUGGACUAGAAAAAAUACUUUGUGGUUUUACUUGACAUUCAGAAGUCUAUAGGACAAAUUCAGGACAUGUUUCUCCGAUGAUUGUUAAUGUAGAAAUUCCUGUUAAAUCAAAUGCUUUCCAUCAGACAAAAAUUACUUGGUAUUUACAACAGCUAUUUUUUAAGGGAGUUCAGAAGCAAGAUGAAACAAUUGCAAAUAGAUUACUGUCUUUAUAGUACAUGACUUUUUUUUGUUUACUUUUUCAGGGCUGUUUAGUAGUUUAUGCAAUUUGUCAUUUAAAAUUUCAUCUAAAUAUCUUCUGAUAAUUUUUUUGGCGUUCUAAAAAAUUAUACUGAAUUUGUGUCAUAAACCAGGAAAUCAUGUUCCUUAUUGAUUGGGGUGUAAGGAGAACCAAUCUUAAAAUGGUUUGUUGAUAUUUCCAGUAAAAGGUAUAAAAAAAAAUAAACCAUCUUUGGAACUGAGCAAACGGUUUACCAAAGACCAAUACUGGCUUUAUGAAAACUUGCCUGAAUCUGUGACUAGAUGCAUUGAGGGAGAAACAAUUAUAACAAGUUAUGAGAUAUGGGCCACAUCCAAACUAUUUCAGAAGUUAGGGAUGAAGUUGAAGGCAAUCUUUUUUACUUUUCUUGUACUGAGUGUAUGAAAACAUGGAUUUUAUUUUUAAAUUUUUGUUACCAACACUGUACAUUUUUUCUAAAUAAGUCUUUUCUAAAUAAGUCUUUGUGAAGAAUAUGUUUCAAACUUCAGUGUAAACUCACUCAAUUUCACCACAUCCCUUGUCUGAGGAUCCCUGCCUGAAAACUCUGCAUAUAAAUCACUUGUAUUUUUUUUUCCCUGUUG